CAUCCAUCGCAAGAGUACCGACGUUAUCUUGUUCUACGAGAACCAAGGUUCAUCGACGGUAUUCGUUGCGUGGACCCGCGACAGCGAUGCAAAGGAACAACUUGCGUGUUGACCUUGCGCAUUCAACACCGAAGGACCCGUUGUGUCCAGGAGUGCUGACCCAUCCUACGACUUGCCCACCUUGGUUUUUAUAUGGGGACCCACUGCUGCGGUUCUAUUACUUCUCUCUUACCCUGACCCUUUUUUUCUUUCCGUUUCAUGCGGCAACGGCUUCCUCAGUGGAGUUCUUGACAUGGCGAUCAGGUUAUUUUCGGAAGUUCUGAUCAUCUUCGUCCAUUUCAUUUUAGAACAUCUCCUGCCACCGCUUGCAGAGCCUACAGAACAAUAUGGACGUGUAUGUGCUUCAUGCACGGCGUCCACUGCUGUUCAACUGGCCGGCUUCGAAACGUUGCCGACAAGUGCAAUUGCAGGGACAUCCCCAAGGAUGCUAUUGCAAAAUGCGAAGCCAGCCGUUCUGUCGAGAUCACACUUGAGAUAAAGGUGCAUGUGCAACCAUCGCUACGCCACAGAUAAUCACUUUGGAACCCGAUGAAGUGGUAAAUUUCCGUCUGAAAGAAAAAAAAAUGCUUUGA